UUUCUACCAGAGCCGUUCCACAGAGUAGCAAUAGUUCUGUGCUCGUGUAUGCGUUGAGAUGCGAUCGGUCGCGUAAUUUUGUGCAGAAUAAUGUUCAGACUUUGGACCAGAAGCUUAGCACCGAGUUUAGCGACCGAUUGAACGCACGUCUGUCCUUUUUCAAGAAUGUAGCCAUCAAUUGUGUAUUACGGGUAAAUUUAUUUCUUAGUUAGACAGAGUCCGUACUUCGCCAAGUACUAACUAGCUAACUGGCUAAUUCAUUGCGCAUCUCCGUGAGCUAAGCCGCGGAGGCUAGCAGCGCGCGUUGGCGUCUUGCAAGUUGUUGGUUUUAAUAAACGCUAACAAAAGAAGCAACUGGUUGAGCCAAACAUAAUGGUAUGGGUCAAAGGGAUUUCACUUCGUUCGAGGAGUCCAUGAAAAAAAGAAACGGAAUUCCCGCUGUCUCUAUGUGUCGACUGGAUGUGGAGUCCGCUGUUGUGAAGAAGGAAGUUGAGCCCGGCGGAGGAGAUGGUGCCCUUUCUUCGUCAAGGUACGUGUUGGGCCGUGGGGUGAAGCGUAAGCUGAGUGCAUGUGAGGACAUUGCCCAGGACUUGCCGUAUCCUCAGCAGAGGCAGCUGGUGCUGGACUUGUGUCUGGACAAGCUACAAAGCUGCCAGCAGCGAGCAGAACCCAGCCUCCAUCGUUCAGUUCUGCUGGCCAACACUCUCCGUCAGAUUCAGCAGGAGAUGAGACAGGAAGGAGAAACAUGUUUGCCGCCAGCCCCACUCACCCCAACCACCCCUCACGCCUCAACCCCACGUCAUUUACCUGACUUUCCACCCGUGCCCUUAAACUGUCCUCCACCUUUAACCGGGGCAAUAUCCCUGACAACAUCCGAGGACGACGAGGUCCGUUUGGGUUGUGCAGAAAACGCAGGCGGGGAGGGUGCAAGAUCGUCAGAUUUGCUCUUCGGCUCGUUUGAGAUUACGAAUUCGACCAGCUACUUGACUGACUUGGCUCUGGACGACAUCUUUGAGGACAUCGACACGUCGAUGUACGACUCCUCUGACAUUUCUGUUCUGUCGUGUCCUGCACAAAGAAGUGGCGGAGUGGACGAUGGCCUCAAGAACCUUUCAAACUGCACCUCCAGCAGCAGCCUGCAGCUCUGUCUCUCAGACCUCAAUGACCUGGACCACAUCAUGGAGAUCCUGGUGCGCUCCUGAACCUCUCGCACCGCAGUUCAGACAGCCAUCCUAAUGUUUCUAUGGGAAGUAAUACAAUGCGUGCUUUUUUUAAACAAAUAUUUUAUCUAUUUUUAUACAAAGGACUGAUAUAUUUAUAUAAGAAACUGCCUGACACACUCUCACUGUAGGAUAAAUGCACAUUUUUAAGACUUUUCAGAUGGUUAAGCUUAUGCUGCCAUCCUUCAUAUUUAAGCAAACUAAGAUGAAUAUGCAGGGACUUCAGAAACAAAGUAUUACUAUUAAUGCUUUUAUUUAUAGCGGUCCGUGAAUCGAGUGUAUUAAAGAGGAGGAAAUAUUGGAUCGCGAUGGACCCCUCGUAGCUUUCGCUGAGACAAAUGACAUUUAUUUUUUGUGAACUAAUCUCCACUGUAUUCUGAAGCAUUACAUUUACUGUCAGUAAUUAUGAUUAUCAGAUCAUGUCAUGCACAUGCAGCACCCAUACUACCUCUCGAGAUACCAAGAGCUCUUUCUAUACAAAGACUGUCAUUGUUACAAACUGUCUUUUAAUGGGUUCUCUUCAAUAACUUUCAAAAACUGGUGAUUGUUUUCAAUACCAUUCUCUGUUCAUGGGAGAGCCUGGAUUCAGAAGUUGCAAAUGGCAAAAAUACUUUCUUUUGAAAGCCUUUCUGACAUUUUUUCAAAGUCGUUUGGUUUCAGUCACUUGCGUAUGAAGUGAUACAUUUGUAACGAUUUAAUGUUAUUUCUACUUUUCACGUACACGAUUGUCAGACACGCAGCCACCGUGGAAUCCCUCGUACAAACAUAGUGCCUACAACGGAGAAUGAAGACUGCCGCGAUGAACUGCACACUGUGGACCCGCAUGCUAUCCUUCCCAUAAUGCUUUCGGCUUGCCUGAUGCUCUGUCCUUUAAAGAAGCCAUUACCCAAAUGUGGGUCCACAUCUCCUCCCUGUUGUCCUUUAUUAAUGUGAUCUACACUGCGUAACGUAUAUUGUGGAUGCCUUGGUGCUCUGGUUUUGAAGCCCAUUUCUGAAGGUCCACACUGAUGUCUCAUCUGUCUGCUCUUUCCCUUAUGCCGCCUUUCCAAUGUACAUGACAAACGACACACCAAAAGAUGUGGGGCUUGCGAUCGCAUGCGUUUCAAAACUUUCGGAUCCAAUACGAGUUGUACUUGAGCGACAGCCCCGCAUGCGUCUUGCCAGUCGGAAGUGAUUAAUUUCAAUCGAAACUUUUUUUAACUUGAUCCUUUAUCAAUAACACUUGAAUCCUUAAAAACGAUUAAUUACUGAGAAGUAAUAAAUUAUUAAUGUAAUAUUUGCAUGUUGAUAUUUUUUUAUCUCAUCUGCAUAUGUUUUCUCCCAAAAAUUAUAGCGGUCUUAUGUCAUGUGAUCCUGGACCACAAAACCAGUCUUAAGUAGCAUGGGUACAUUUGUAGCAAUAGGUGAAAAUACAUUGCAUGGUUCAAAAUUUAAAACAAAUAUUUUAUGCCAAAAAUCAUUAGGAUAUUAUGUAAAGUCCAUGUUUCAUGAAGAUAUUUUGUACUUUUCCUACUUAAAUAUAUAAAAACAUAUUUUUGUGAGUGGGUGCAGUGCCAAUGGUGCGUUCACACCAGCCGCGGUAGAGGCGGCAAAAACGCACUAAUCGCGUGUAGUUGGACGCUUGAACAUUUUGAGUUUACUCGCUCCAUUGAAAUUAGUAAGGACUUCAUCUGGACUUUAAAGGUGAUUUUCACAGUAUUUAGAUUUUUGGGAAACCUUAAGGUGUGUUCACACCAGCCGCGGUAUAGGUGGCAAAAAUGCGCUAAUUGGACGCUUGAACAUUUUGAGUUUACUUCAUUUGCACGUGAAAUUCUAGUCAUUCGAGACAUUCACGUGGAAAUUCACGUCAUGGGAGAGGCUUCUGUGACUCCGCUGAGACUCUGCUCACUUCCUGUAAUCGCGUCACUACUACCGCAAGGUCCUGAUUGGUUAACACGGCGCGGAAAUCCGCCGAAGUUCUGAUUUUUCAACUCGCCUGUUUCCUGCGGCAACACUCAAUUCGCGCGGAACACGCAUCCGCACCGCAGGAUGCCUAAUCGCAUCUUUGCAUUGACUUAACAUGUAAAUCACCCACGUUUGCCAUCUCUACCGCAUCUGGUGUGAAUGCCCAGUUGAAUUCCGGAUUUUCAAAUAGUUGUAUCUCGGUCAAAUAUUGUCUUAACUAAUCAUCCAUCAAUGAAAAUCUUAUUUAUUCAGCUUUCAGAUAACACAUAAAUCUUAAUUUAAAAAAAUUUACCCUUAUAACUGGUUUUGUGGUCUAGGGUCACAUAUAUGCAUAGCUGUUUAUAGUUUUAUUCAUUUAUUUAAUCUGCUACGUAGGCUCUAGCGCUGAAACUCCGACAGUUGUGUCCGAAUGUCGUGUGUAAUGGAAAGGCUGCUUUAGGCCCGUUUAAGGCACCUCAGUCAUAAAAUUUUUAUUAGUUGCAUGCUAGAAGUUUUUUUAGGUGGUACCCCAAAAACAAAAUCCUAUUUUUGCCAACUUUUCAUCUGUGUCUACAGCUUUUGACCAUCAGCUGAGACUACUUGCAAAAAGUGAAUUCUGAGCCACAAACUGCAGUGUGCAAGUCUUAAGACAGGGGGAAGGGAAAGAACAAGAGACAGAGAUUAAGGCGGUGGGUGGGGUAGGGGUUAAAGCAAACAGCUUCUGUCACGUGGAGAUUCUUACUAGCGCUAAAGGCUACAUUGAGAGUUUGACAACAGCUGGUAGGUCUAUGCUCGCAUCGGUGUGCAUGUUGGUAACAAAGCUCCGCCCCCGGUGGGGCCUCCAGAGGCUCCAUUCUCCUCCCAACCAAUCACUUUUAGCCUAGGGAGGAGCUUUGUUCUUUGGUUCUGGGUCUGUUUGAGCAUAGUGAAAUGUCUUCCCUGCCCAGGCAAUCAUCAGUGCUUGUGUUAUUCACAGUAUCGCAAAUUCACCACUGAGGCAUGAGUAUGAGUUAAAUUCAGACAUUCCAACCAAAUUGUAAUUAAUACGAGCAGUUUCACUAAUAUUAAUCACAAAGUUAAGAGAUGGCAUCAAAGAAGAAAUGUUUUUUAUCAAGUUGUUAGUACAACAAAUGUUCCCCUUGAAACUCAGGCUCAGAUGCCCUACCCUGCCUUUCACAAAAUGAGUACAGCCACAAAGACACCCAACAUUCACAAAGUUUACACUCAGAUUUAAAAAAAAACAUGCAUGUAUGAGAUGGGUGGUCAACAAAACCAGAGUCUCUUUGGUGACAGCGUCAGCAAUUCAGCCGUGAUCUGUUUUUAAUGCUGAGAGCUGUGUCCAAUGAGUGUGUUGCUUUCUAAGCUUUGUAAGCUUGAUCUGUUUGUUUAUGUGUAUAUAUCUAUAUAUUUGUAUUUAUAUAUUUUUUGUGCUUUUUGUUGACUGAAGAUGAUGAGAUAAUAUAUUGCUUUUAUUUAAGAGUGAAAUAUGAUCAGUAGACUUCGGUCUUUUGGAGGAUUUAUUUGUUUUGAAGUGUGAUUUAUACUUCGCCUCCUUUUCAUAGUAAUAAUUAUUUGUGUAAAUAGAUGAUGCAGAAUUUUAUCACUAAUAUUAUUUGUAAAGGUUUAAUUUUGGGCAUCCUGAAAACUUUAUGACUAUGGGAUCUUUUUUUUUUUCAUUUCCCCUGGACCAGGCAGUUAAUCAGGCAGCUUUAACGGUUUUUAAUCUAAAGUGGAUAACGUCAUCUGUGAAAUGUUCAAUUGUUGGCAUUAGUGGGGUCAUUUUAAUGUAAUGAGAGGUCUCAGAUAUGACCCUGUAUGUGCAAAUCCAGGAUCUAAUUAUGAGAGCAUCAAGAUUUGAUUUCACAUUGUUUCAAUCUUUGGUUAAUAUUCAAGAUAUUAAAGUUAUAUUUUCACAGAAUGUUCAUAAAAUAGGAUGAUUUUAUGUAUAAAAAAACAUUAAGAUUGACUUUAGCUGGGUUUUCUCAGAUCCUUGAAAGACACUGACUAUCAAGAGUGCCGUUUUACCCCAAUUCAUGUAAAUGUAGGGUUUUGUAUAUAAGCAGAGCUGUAUUGAAAACUAGUUCACUUUGUUUUGUAAACAGCUCUCCCAAAUAAUGUUCGGUACUUAGAUGUACCGUCGCACAGCAGAGUUUGUACUAUGGUCUUUUAAUAUUGCUUGGUUGUGAGGCACAAAAAGAACAAGCUUUAAGCAUUAUGUUAAUUUGGUUGAUUUUUUAAACAAGCCUUUCUUUUCAAUUAUCCUUAUGAAAUUGUAAUAUCGAAAACCUCAAAAUGUCACUUUGUCCUAAGUGCAAUAUGAAAAUGUAAGCAAAGCGCUGUGUUGCUUAAUUGCAAAUGAUACAAUGUACUCAGACCAUGUAACAUUUGAAUGAAUACACGUCUUUUCCAAACGAUGAAUGGUGAAUUUACACCCUGUUUUCCCUUUGAUUUCUGUGAGGUCUGUAAAUAACGCAUUUUCUUUUGCAGUCAUAUUCUAUGCAAAACAUUGUAGCAGGUCUGUAUGUCAA